UUCAUUUCCACACAGCCAAGAAAUUUCAUGUGGAUAAAAUUCCAUUUUCUCUAGAAAAAGCCAUUUUGAGAAGCGUGGGAAAUUCAUUUGGACCCUGAAAAGAAAAGUUAUGGCUGCAUUUGAUUGCCUGGGUUGGAGGAUAUGGCUUACCCUUUCUAUCCUUUUCUGUUCAACUUUCUAUGUAUCAGCAGUCCAUAGACAAGCUGCUACUAGUGCAGUGACAACAGCUCCUUCGUCUUCUUGUGCUCUGGAGGUGGAACAAAGCUGGAGUUGCUUUCACGAUAUUCAAAAGGAUGUAAAAGACGUGAUACAAGAAAUAAGUGGAGGACAGCCCAUUCAAUUCGGACCCAAUCUGCAAUCCUGUAUGAGUUUGUUGACAAGUGCUUUAUCCUGCUUUUCAGAUAUCACAUCCAAUCCAAUAACUUGCGUCAAUUUGUUGGGUUCCACCAUUCAGUGUCUUUUCAAUGACACUAUUGAGGCCUUUCCAGAGCAAUGUCCUUCAAGUAUCGUACAUUCUUAUGAUUGUUAUAUAUCCAAAGCUUGUCAGUUUACAGACCCUUGUAGUGUGGAUGUAUGUCAUCUGACCCAAUGCGUAACCAAUAUUACUACUCCUAUUAUCGAUGGAAUAAGCAAUGUGGAAAGCUGUCUCGGUGACUUGGGUGCAUUGAUAGCUUGUGCUGGACAAAACUUUGAUGACUUGAAGGUGUGUAGUGCAGAGUAUGAGACUUUUGUCACGUGCCUCGACCCAUCCUUUACGGGAACACUGCCAUCUCCUUCGAAUUGUUACAGUUUGUUGAAAAAGGUAUUGGCUUUCAAUGAUACAACAUUUGCACAAUGUGGUUUUCAGUGAUAGAUAUAAAAAAUAGUGAGUUUGC